AAACCCCAUCCUCCACACACUACAAACGCACACUUCUUUCUCCUCACACAAGUCAUCAUCAAUGGAGAGGGCGGUGUUGCUACGCUCUCUGUCUUCCUCUUCCACGCGCGCCUUCUCUAGAAUCUUCUCACGCUCUUCACACAGUCUCGCUUCUUACUCUGCUAAACGGCAGCGUUUACUCCACAACCUUCACCGCCGUCGUUCACUUCUCCGAAGCAGCAACGUACGUGGCAUAUCUACUUCAAUCAACUUGAAAAGACAGUUCUACCCUCUCUCUGUUCGAGCUAUUGCCACUUCUGCCCCUCAGUCAUCUCAAGAGUUUCUUGGUGCUGACGAUGAAGUUGCUGAGAAAUUUGGGUUUGAGAAAGUAUCGGAGCAGUUUAUUGAUGAGUGUAAAUCUAAAGCUGUUUUGUAUAAACACAAGAAAACCGGUGCCGAAGUAAUGUCGGUCUCGAAUGACGAUGAGAAUAAGGUCUUUGGCAUUGUUCUACGGACACCUCCGAAAGAUUCUACUGGAAUUCCUCACAUAUUGGAACAUAGUGUACUGUGUGGUUCAAGAAAGUAUCCCUUGAAAGAACCCUUUGUUGAACUGUUGAAGGGAAGCUUGAACACUUUUCUGAAUGCUUUCACAUAUCCAGAUAGGACAUGUUACCCUGUGGCAUCCACGAAUACAAAGGAUUUCUACAACCUGGUUGAUGUAUACUUGGAUGCUGUCUUUUUCCCUAAAUGUGUGGAGGAUUUCCAAACAUUUCAACAAGAGGGUUGGCAUUAUGAACUGAAUGACCCCUCAGACGACAUAACUUUUAAAGGGGUUGUGUUCAAUGAGAUGAAAGGAGUUUAUUCUCAGCCUGAUAAUCUACUGGGCCGAACUUCCCAGCAGGCGCUUUUUCCUGACAAUACCUAUGGUGUUGAUAGUGGCGGUGACCCACAAGUAAUUCCUAGCCUUUCUUUUGAGGAAUUUAAGGAGUUCCAUAGGAAAUUUUACCAUCCCAGUAAUGCAAGGAUAUGGUUUUAUGGAGAUGAUGACCCAAAUGAACGUCUGCGGAUCUUAAGUGAGUAUUUGAACAUGUUUGAUGCCAGUUCAGCUCCACAUGAGUCAAGAGUUGAACCACAGAAACUAUUUUCAGAGCCAGUCAGGAUCGUAGAAAAAUAUCCUGUUGGGGAAGAUGGGGACCUGAAAAAGAAGAACAUGGUAUGCCUUAAUUGGCUGCUGUCUGACAAGCCACUGGAUUUAGAAACUGAGCUUGCCCUAGGUUUUUUGGAUCAUCUGCUUUUGGGGACUCCAGCUUCUCCCUUGAGGAAGAUCUUGCUAGAAAGUGGUUUAGGAGAUGCUAUUGUUGGUGGAGGAAUUGAAGAUGAGCUUCUUCAGCCUCAGUUUAGCAUUGGGUUGAAGGGUGUCUCAGAAGAGAACAUUCAAAAGGUUGAAGAAUUGGUCAUGAGCACUCUGGAAGGCUUAGCUGAGAAAGGUUUUGAUUCAGAUGCUGUGGAGGCAUCAAUGAAUACCAUUGAAUUUUCUCUCAGAGAAAAUAACACUGGCUCAUUCCCACGUGGUUUAGCGUUGAUGCUCCGGUCCAUUGGGAAAUGGGUUUACGAUAUGGAUCCAUUUGAACCACUGAAGUAUCAGAAACCUUUGGACGCCCUGAAAGCUAGAAUAGCUAAGGAAGGCUCCAAAGCUGUUUUUGCUCCUUUAAUUGACCAAUACAUCUUGAGAAAUCCACACCGUGUAACGGUUGAGAUGCAGCCUGACCGAGAGAAGGCAUCUCGUGAGGAACAAAUGGAAAAAGAGACGUUAGAUAAAGUUAAAGCAAGCAUGACCCAAGAGGAUCUUGCUGAGCUGGCUCGGGCAACACAAGAGCUACGGUUAAAGCAAGAAACUCCUGACCCACCAGAAGCCCUAAAGAGCGUGCCCAGCCUCUCUCUACAAGAUAUUCCUCGAGAACCUGUACAUGUUCCAACUGAGGUUGGAGACAUCAAUGGGGUAAAAGUUUUGCAGCACGACCUCUUCACAAAUGAUGUUCUUUAUGCUGAAGUUGUCUUCAACAUGAGCUCAUUGAAGCAAGAGCUGCUGCCAUUGGUCCCACUUUUUUGUCAGUCUCUGCUGGAAAUGGGCACAAAGGAUUUAGACUUUGUGCAGUUGAACCAGUUGAUUGGAAGGAAAACUGGAGGUAUAUCAGUCUAUCCUUUCACCUCAUCAGUCCGCGGGAAGGCGGAGCCAUGUAGCAAGAUAAUUGUUCGAGGCAAAGCCAUGUCACAACGUACAGAGGAUCUAUUUAACCUGAUGAACCGCAUUCUUCAAGAUGUCCAACUUAAUGACCAAAAGCGUUUCCAGAAUUUUGUUUCUCAAAGCAGAUCGAGAAUGGAGAAUCGACUAAGAGGCAGUGGUCAUAGCAUUGCUGCUGCAAGGAUGGGUGCAAAGCUUAACACUGCCGGGUGGAUAUCUGAACAAAUGGGUGGUGUCAGCUACUUGGAAUUUCUGAAGGGUCUUGAAGGCCAAGUUGAGAACGAUUGGCCCCAAAUAUCUUCAUCCCUUGAGGAGAUCCGAAAAUCCUUACUUUCUAAGAAUGAGUGUCUGAUAAAUUUGACAGCUAAUGGGAAGAAUCUCACCAACGCGGAGAAACAUAUCAGCAAAUUUCUUGAUUUGCUUCCAAGCACAUCCCCAGUGGAGUCAGCUGCUUGGAAUGCACAAUUGUCUCGCUCAAAUGAAGCUUUUGUUGUUCCUACUCAGGUGAAUUAUGUUGGAAAAGCAGCUAAUCUGUAUGAAGCUGGCUAUGAGCUUAAUGGCAGUGCUUAUGUUAUUUCUAAUUAUAUAAGUAAUACAUGGCUGUGGGAUCGUGUACGUGUUAGUGGUGGAGCUUAUGGAGGAUUUUGUGGUUUUGACACCCAUUCAGGGGUAUUCUCAUUUUUAUCCUACCGAGACCCAAAUUUAUUGAAAACACUUGAUGUGUAUGAUGGAACAAGUAGUUUUCUUAAAGAACUUGAACUGGACGAUGAUGCACUCACAAAGGCAAUUAUUGGGACUAUUGGAGAUGUAGAUGCUUACCAGUUGCCUGAUGCCAAAGGAUACAGUAGUUUAUUACGAUAUUUACUGGGAGUAACAAAUGAAGAAAGACAAAGGAGACGUGAGGAGAUAUUAUCAACAAGGCUGGAUGAUUUCAAGAAAUUUGGAGACGUCAUGGAGGCAGUUAAAGAUAAAGGGGUGGUUGUUGCUGUAGCAUCACCAGAUGAUGUCGAGGCAGCCAACAAGGAACGUUCCAACUUCUUAAGAGUCAAGAAAGCACUGUGAUACCGAUCAAGGUGCUUUAAUUUUUUUCUCAUAGCAUUAGGACACAAGGAAAAUGCUUGUACACGUUAUUUGAUGUUAAAAUCUUCAAAUCUUGGGUUAAAGGAAAAAAGAAGGCAAGAAUGGGAAGAGAAGACUAGAUCAAGGCAAGAAUGGGGAAGAAAACAAAAUUCUUUUUUCUUUAGAACAUAGAUGCGGUAGUAGCUUUUACAGAAGCUUGGAUGGCAAAUAAAUUAGUGCCGAUAUAUUUAUAAUUCCAAUAACCACUUAAACUUCACAUGUAUUUAAAGUUUCAAGAUUAUAGUUUUUUAACAAUUUAUCUGAUUUUAA